AUGAUUCGUAUUCUUGCAAUAUGGACCCACCUCGAGGUUGUCCGCUCCUCUACGCCCAAGGCCAUGACAGAGACAGCUAGAAGACGGAAGAAGCAUGCGCGAUCCGCUGCAGGUUGCGGUAUCUGCAGGGCUCGACAUGUUCGUUGUGAUGAAACCCGCCCUAGCUGCAACGAAUGCGUCAGAACCGGGCGUCAUUGUGACGGAUAUAGCUCUUCGCGGAUACCAAAUGGACCAUCAAACUCACUAGACCGCCCAGUCAGAUCUGUACUUCCUUUGAUUCAUCACACGGGCACAGCUCUACUCGCUCUGAGCAAGAACAUGGAACCAUCAGCCCAGCGUGCACUGCAGUACUUUCAAUUUGAGACUGCGGAACAGUUCUCAGGAUGCUUCCAAGAUGAAUUCUGGACUACUCUUGUGCUCCAGAUUAGCCAGCAAGAGGACUGCGUAUGCCAUGCGCUCAUUGCCCUUGCGACUCUCCACGAGCAUUUUCGAGAUAAACAUUCUUCUUUGCCCAAAACCAUUGUCCAAUCCUCCGCCGCCAGAGAAACUGGUAUAGAUCUUCCACAAAGACAGCAAUAUGACCGAGCUGCAAAGCACUACACCAAAGCCAUCGGGCUCCUCCAGUCGCAUAUUUUCAGCAAAGGCUUCGACAACCUCGAGGUUACACUAUUAUGCUGCCUUCUGUGUGCCGGCUUCGAAAUCCUCCGGGGUUUCUAUAAUGCUGCACAGACGCAUAUACAGGGCGGAAUAACGAUAAUCGCUAAGUGGCAGAGUCAGGAAAGCGGGAUCCGCGGUACUUCACCUUCAUCGCCAAAGGGGUAUCUUGUGCGCAGAACGUUGGCACCUAUGUUCAGCCGCCUGGCAAUGCAAGCAACCUUGUUCAGCGACGUGCAGCCAACAUGUUCGAAGAAUCACUCCUCCUUGAUCAGUUGCACGGCUGAUCUCGGUGAAAGGGGCCAUCGUUUCGAGAGUCUUACUCUUGCUCGGGAUGCUAUACAUUCACUAUUGUGGCAGAUAUUCUUCUUACCCACACGGGGUCACUUGAAGACAAAUGUAAAGUCCAACAGAUCUCGAAACAAACGACGGGCCGACUUUGCAAUGCGGCUUGAUGAGUGGUACGCUGCGCUCACGGGCUAUCUCAAUACUGUCAAGACCCAAGAGUACAUCGGAGGCGACCGGGGAAAACGCCGCGCUGCUACUUCAUCUUUGAUGUUAUAUUAUAAAGCAGCCAGAGUCAUGAUAUCUACCUGUCUGCAGGAUGACGAGAUGAUGUUUGAUGAUUUUGAGGACGACUUUCGUCACAUCGUGAACGAGGCGGAGGAUCUUUUGCUACCACUUGCCUAUCAAAGCCUGAGCACUGAGCAAUGCCAGCGCUAUCAGGCCAAAGUCUCUCAUUUCUCUCUGGAAAGCGGCAUAGUACCCGUGCUGUACUAUGUGGCUCUGAAAUGCCGAGUUCCCCAGAUCAGAUAUCGAGCACUUGCUUUGAUGAGCGAUACUCCAAACAGGCGGGAGGGGGUAUGGGAGAGCGCGGCAGCGGCUCUGGUAGCGGGGCAAAUAGUAGAGAUAGAGGAGAGGAGGAGGGAAGGUAACGAGCUUCCUGUAUCGGCACGUGUAGAUGUGAUACGGGUAAGAGUUUAUCUAGAGAACCGAAAUCUUGUCUUGCAGUGCGGGCGUCGAGGGAAGGAAGAUUGUAAGAUUAAGCGACAGCUUUGGUGGUAA